GGCAACCGUUGUUGUUGCCUUCUGGCUACUCUAGCAGCAGCUCACCGGUUAGCUCCGUGUUUACCCGGUUAGCUCCGUGUUUACCCGGUUAGCUCCGUGUUUACCCGGUUAGCUCCGUGUUUACCCGGUUAGCUCCGUGUUUACCCGGUUAGCUCCGUGUUUACCCGGUUAGCUCCGUGUUUACCCGGUUAGCUCCGUGUUUACCCGGUUAGCUCCGUGUUUACCCGGUUAGCUCCGUGUUUACCCGGUUAGCUCCGUGUUUACCCGGUUAGCUCCGUGUUUACCCGGGAUAAAGACCAGCGGAUGGCCCGUUCUCUGAUAGACCCGACCCGGGCUCCGGUGGCCUUCGGGCUGCGGGCGGUUCCGCAGCUGUUCGAGCAGCUGGAUCAUCCGGAGACCAGCAGGAGACUCCCGGUGCUGGCUUCACUCUGCGACCUGAUGCACGACCCGGAACAGAUCUACCACACCGUCACCGGGGGUUUCAUGGAGCAGUUGAAGGUUUUGUUGAAGGAUGAGGAUCCAUCAGUCAGAACAGAAACCUGCGAGCUGCUUCACCUGAUGACGUCCCACAGCAUCGGCAGACGGGCCCUGCUCUCCUGCCUCCUCCUCCCUCCUCUGUCUCAGCUGUUGGACGACCCCUCGUCCUCCUGCAGGAGGAGCGUCCUGCGGGUGCUGAACCGACUCACUCUGCUGCCUGCAGGUGCAGAAGCUCUCUUGACUCUGGUUCCUAAACUGAUGCUGAAGCUCAGAGAGGAAGAGGAGCAGGAGGAAGAGGAGGAGGAGGAGGUGCAGGUGCUGCUCCUCUCCACCCUCAGCACCUGCUCCAGGCUGGACGCUCUGCCGGCUCUGGCCUCUGACGGCGUCGUGCUGCUGGGCCAAAAACUCUCCCACCGCUCCCCGGACAUCCGCAGAGAGGCGGCAGCAGCCAUGAUGGCCCUCAGUGUCUGUGAGGAGGGGAGGCGGCGGGUGUGCGAGGAGGAUUUACUUCCCGUCCUGGUCGACCUGCUGAAGGACGAAGACGUGGAGGUUCAGGCCAACGCUGCAGGAGUCAUCAUGUACACCGUAAUCAUCACCACAGGUAAGCAUCAGUGUCUGGAUCUGAACGUCAUCCCCAUCCUGCUCGACCUGGUGUCCAACAACAAAGAGGAGGAGGAGGAGGAGGAGGAGAGGAAGAGGAGGAGGAGGAGGAGGAGGAAGGCUCUGGUCCUGUACUCCCUGAGGGCUCUGACGGCGCUGGCUGAAGCUCCGGAGGGCCGCCGCCUCCUGCUGGAGCAGCUCCCCCGGCUGCUGAGGAGGAGCGAGGCGGAGGAGGAGGACCAGGACAUCCGGCGGGCCGCUCAGACCGCCGUCAGGGUCGUCACCUGGACUCCCUGAGACCCCGGUGACCUCUGACCUCCAGAACAGAGCUGCAGGGUCAGCCUCACCUGAUCGCAUAAUAAAGAAUUAAUUAAUUCUA